CUUUUCUUUUUUCUUUAACAAUCUUUGUUGGACCUCUGUUUGAACCCCAAAAGAGCAAUGGCGUUUCGGUACAGGCGCAGGCACGGGUUACAUGGGCAGGUUUCACAAUUGGUAUAUCAUUAUUAGUUGCAUCCCCGAAAGCAAUAUCGGAACGAAAAAGCUUCAAAUGAAGGAAAUUUUGCUUAGGGUACCAUGGGCCGCAUUAUAUCAAGGCUCUAUCUUAAUAUUGUACUUACAAUUACAUCACGAGAAAUUCAAAACGUUUAGAGAGACGAAAUCUAGUAGUGUUAAAAGCGAAGUGAAAGACACAUGCCAGAUGUGCCAAUGGACCUCGUCGUAUUAUUGUAGCAAUCCAUCUAAAUGCUCCAUCAAGUCCUUUGCUUGUAUCUCUCUGCUAACAAUUUGUUUUCAUUUCCUCCUCAGCCUACCUUCCUUUUCGAAAGUCUCUGUUAAACCUCCUUCUCUCUUAGGUACACACGCAUAUAUGCCUAUCUACAAGACUCCGACGCAUGGCUGAAACGAAGAAGAAAAAGGUAACCUCUCAAAUCAAAAAGACAAGAAAAAAAUAACUGAGAAAUGAACCGUUAUACGCGCUUGACCGCCUAAACUCCUGGCAGGAAAAAAAAAAGGGUACAUGGAAGCAAAAAAACAGAGUAACGUCCCCAUACGCUUGACAAAAUGCGACCAAAGCGCAAAACUAUCUCGCUUAAGGUGAACGGGAUAAAAACAUCUAUCUAGACAAUUUUGAGU